AAAUGGAAGAAAGAGAAAUGAAAAGAGAAGAAGAUGAAGAUGGUACCAAGAUUUACUGUGUAACGGGUGCCAACGGAUACAUAGGAUCAUGGCUAGUCAAAUCUCUUCUUCUUAAAGGCCACACUGUCCAUGCCGCUGUCCGCCACCCUGACAAGUGUUUGCAUCUCUUGCCGAUAUGGGGUGGGGAAGAAAUUAGCAAUAGAUUGAGGAUUUUCAAGGCCGAUCUCUUUCAAGAAGGAAGCUUUGAUGAGUGUGUAUCAGGUUGUCAUGGUGUUUUUCAUGUUGCAGCUUCCAUGGAUUUCACUACUCCACUCAUCACUACUACUCAACAAGAUCUUGAAAAUUAUGUUCAAAGUCAUAUAAUUGAACCGGCUGUUAAGGGGACCUUAAACCUACUAAAUUCAUGCUCCAAGGCUUUGUCUGUAAAGAGAAUCGUUUUUACUUCAUCAAUUAGCACAAUGACGGGUAAGGACUCGAAUGGAAACCGGAGGAAUGUGGUUGACGAGUCGUGUUGGACUCCCAUAAACGAUGUUUUGAGCAAUAAAACGAGUGGUUGGGUUUAUUCACUCUCGAAGCUUCAAACUGAGAAGGCUGCAUUCAAAUAUGCGGGAGAGAAUGGGCUUGACCUUGUUUCGAUCAUAACCACCACUGUUGGUGGACCUUUCCUAACUUCAACUGUCCCUUCAAGCAUCCAAGUCUUGUUGUCUCCAAUAACGGGCAAUCCUAAAUUUGCAGCGAUAUUAGAGGCCGUGAACUCGAGAAUGGGGUCUGUUGGAUUGGUUCAUAUAGAGGAUGUUUGUAAUGGGCACAUAUUCCUCAUGGAACAUAGCCAAGCACGAGGAAGAUACAUUUGUUGUGCCCAAACAUGUCUCAUGUCUGAGUUGUUUCAUCAUCUGGCUAAAGAAUCCUCGUCUUCUUCACGCAUGUUGCCUAUAAAUGGAGAUGGUUCAUCGAUGGAUAAUUGCGAGAUAUCAUCAGAGAAACUAAAGCAGUUGGGCUUCACUUACAAGUAUUCUAUACAAGACAUCAUGAAUCAUACUGUUUCCUUUUCUACAAGUUUUGGUUUUUUACCACCAAAUGGAAACUAAUUAUUGUAUUACUA